CGGUUGUGCAGGGCCAACGUGACAGUGAUAGUACACCAAGCUGCAUGGCAGUCGACCUCGCCUUGGCCGCAUUCCGCUACUCCCACAAGGCACCGGCACAGCCGUGACGGGGUGCAAAGUCACCUGCUUCGUACUGAUGGCAGCAUCUCGUCAUGAUCCUGCUUGUUAUUUGCCGCAUGUUCUCCUACCACGUCGCGUCGCGAGCUGCGUGGUGGCAAUCAGCUGGCACCUUGCACCCCGUCAAAAGAAUUAAAGCCUUCGCGACGUUCCAGGUCUUUCUGAUUGGACUUGCUGUCAAGUUAGCGCGGCCUGGCUGGACUUGCUCGGCAUGCCUCAUGUUCACUCAGUCUGAGGAGGGCGGACCGUCAAAGACGUUAGCGCGUUAUCGCUAUCACAUCGACUGGACUCUUCCUGUGCUAUUACAUCACGGCAGGUCUGGGUCUGGGUAUCUUGGACUACUCAUUGGGACUUCUGUGAGCAAUUCCUAUCUUCGGGUUCUGGUCGGGUUGGUACGUGCUACGAACUCUUUAGCGAAGAUCAUCCGAAGUCUGGAUAAUCCUUCGUUGCUUCGCUACAUGAGGAGACCUCGCAACGUGUUGUACGCGAGGUAAUUAGCUGUAGUCAGUGUUAUCGUGGUCAGCGUUCAUGGGUCCCUUUCACCAUCGGAGUCUUUUGUAGCAUGUUUAGGAAAUGCCGGCCUUGAUUGGUUUUUUGUACUCUGGGAAGAGAUGAGCAUGCGAUAUGCAUGUGCAAGGCUACG